GGCAUAUUCCCAAGAGAUGAAAUAGCAUCACACUGGGCAUUCUGCAUGCCCCUGGGUGGGCUAUCUGACCAAGGCUCCCAUCAUGACGAGAUGCUUAUAGACGAAUCCGUAGAAUAUACUGAAUGUCCCAUCUGUUUACAGAGGUUCCCACAAGAUGUUUUACUAGUUCAUGCAAGUGACUGUGGUCUAUGA